AUGCUUCACCACGGCCUUCCACUCCUACAAAGCGCACAUCACUCACCUACUCCUAUCAAGCAAACCGACAUCCGCACAGCCGCCCAGCACCCACAAUCACCCGAGCAGGGCGCCAUUGCAAACCUGCCGUUCCAUCCCACCGCCGCUACACUGCACAACGAUCCGGCACGGAAUGACCCCACGCUCCCAAAUCACACCGCCAGACUAGCCACCCACCGCAGCACCACUCACCGACACAGAGAAGACCCGGAGGACCUGGACCGGUUACAAGGCUAUGCUACAUGA